CUACUUGGAGUAAUUUAGCCAUGCUCGUAAAGUCACAAGUGACAGCUGAUUGUGAUCAUUCUAGUCGUGUGAAGGUUAACUUUCAACUACUAACCUAGUGCUCAAGCUUAAGCCUACUAACCAAAAGUAAAAUAAUGUGUGAUCACGGUAUUGUAAGUCAGUAAUUAUUGAAGAAUUGACGUUGUGUUUGAGCGUGGCAAGCAAUGGCCGAUAAAAGUUCGCUAUUUCAACUGAGCGACAAUAUCGCAGGAUUGUCUGACGACUCAAAACCAUCUGGUGAUACUGGGCUCGGGCGUUACUUCAGCAAUACGACUCACACGAUAUUCGAUGAAAUUGUCCCACCGGAAAAACAAGACAUGCUGGAACAACCUUCGGCAUCUGCGAGUCCUCGCCCAGUAUUUGACUCCUUCUUGACAGACCCCUCAAACAGCUUCCUUGACAACAGUUUGUCAGAUGCUGCGGAACAAGUCUCCGACCAUGUCACGGCCAGCGACAUUCAUAGAGAUGCUUGGAUCCCCUCAGAUCAAACCAAAAAAGUAUUAGCCUCGAUAGCAACGUCGACGCCGGGAAGUAAUUUUCCUGAUAGAGAAAAUCUGACGAUGCCCGGACUGACGUUGCAGGGAGAUUUGACCGAUACGACUAAGGAGGCUGCGAUUCACUUUCUGGGAGAAGAAGAAAACAUUCAUCGCAACGUUCUCACAGCUUCUGAUGUAACGCAGGACGAACGUGGUCUGAGGAAUUUGAUUCAGACAGGAUGUUACCGAGCGGCGAUUAAUCUUACUGGCAGACUGCUAGCAAUUUAUGGACAGGGAUAUGGGAAGAUUAAUCAUCCCAGCAAACACACUCCACAUUCUCUCCAAUUGUGGUUUACAAGACUCGCACUUUUGGCAAAAUUGAAGCACGUCGAAGUUCUUGAAAACGAGUCUAAGCCCUUUGGGAAUUUAGAUAAGCCUGAUAUGUUUUUCACAUUUUAUCCAGAACUUUAUGGAACCAGACCUGGAUCCAUGGCCUGUUUUGCCUUCAGGCUGCUUCUAGCUGAGAUACCUGCCUAUUGCAACAAACCGAGAGUCGCUCUGGACAACCUGCAUAAGGUUUUAUCUACUGUAAAACAAAUUAUAAAAAACUUGAAAAAGGGAUUCGGGGAGGAUGGAGGACGCCUCAAAUUCACACCGACGGAAAGAGAUGACGCAAUCAGAUUAUGGGUCGGCAGAGAGUCUAGAGUACUAAUUUCCAUUGUCAACUGUGCUUUGACUCUAAAGAACUACAUUUUAGCCGUUGAUAUUUUGGAGAGCUUGAGUGAAGGCACAGAUUGGAAUCCAGAGCAGAGGCAAAUACUAAAAUCAGCAAUUAGUAGGGUUCUACUUUUACUCGGCGACGUAUCAGCAGCAGAGAAGCAGUUCGCUGAUGGCAGAGAAAGCUUUCAAAAUCCCUCAAACUCCAAGGAAUUAACAGACAGAGGCCUGAUGGCUGUAGCUCAAAACGCAUUUCAAGAAGCCUACAAUUGUUUUAAAAAAGCUUCAGUCCUAGAACCGUCCAAUAUUAUGCUAGUAAAUAAUAUGGCUGUAUGCUUACUUUACAAUGGGCAACUUCAGGCUGCUGUACAUUUAUUAGAAAGUGCACUAGUCAGAAACCCAACUAAAGGACUACAGGAAGCGUUGUUGCUGAAUAUUUGUACCUUGUAUGAAUUACACACGACUCAUAGUACACAGCCCAAAUUACAUUUAUUGAGACAAUUAAAUCGAUACAAAGGAGAUGCCAUUGCGGUGCAAUGUUUAAAACUAUCGCUUUAG